CUUUAAUCAAGUCAGCCCAAAAGAACUGGAGCCCAUUCUCUGUAUGUUGACAGUAAGCCUGUGAAAAUGUACGAGAAAAGGAAUCAGGUGCCUGAGAUGAUCUUGGACCUAACCUUGGAGAUCAUCUACCUGCUGACUGGAAAGGUGAUGGAAUCUGGGAAUUUCAUAUUGUCACACACUUUAAUACAUAUUACAAAAGAAUCUCAGGUCUCAGACAGGUUUUACGUUCGUAACAUAUGCAAACGUCCAGGCACACCCAAUGGUUUCUUCAAGAGGCAGUCUUUAUUUUGUUCAAAAUAUAACGGCAACGUUUUGGUUCCUACAUGAGCUUUUUACAAAGGCUCAUGUAGGAGCCAAAACAUAAUGUCAUUAUAUUUUGUUCCAAAAGAAAGACUGCCUCUUAUAAAAACCAUUGGGCGUACCUUCUGUAUAUGUUUUCAGUGGAUGUGAGGUGGGGGGAGAAUUUGCCCUCCCUGUCUGGAUCACCCUGGUGGAAGUAAUCCCAUGCAGCGAGUGCUGUGCUCACUUUUGUGCACAAAGGUUUUACCAAGCCCUGCUUGGUAUAUUUUUGGCACUAAAAUACAGGAACACAAGUUUUGAGGUCUUCAUUUGUGGACUUUCUGCAUUAGAGAGACGGCAACCUUAAAGCGACACUGUCAUGGCCGUAUCCGUUUUUUUUUUUUUUUUUUAACCUACCCCUUCCGACUCCAAUACAUUUUGUUGUGCACCUAGUCACCCCCAAAUACCCCUAGGUCAACUCGAUUUACCAUUUUAAAUAACUUUAAUUUAUGCCCGGACCUAGGUCCUUGGCGCCGCCAUCUUAGUGUGGGCAGAUGAAGUCCCUGUUUGACACGUCAUAUGCCCACACUAUAUAGCACUAUGAAAUUCCUGCGCAUGUCCAGUUAAAUACUUGGGCAUUUGCUUUUUUCCAAAAUUCAGACAGGGAUUUCGUCAUACCAUUCGUCAGAAAGACGAAUGAAUAAAUAGAAAUUUCGGACGAACAAACACCGAAUGCCUGUAUUCGUUUCUUCAUUUGUUUUCUCCCUCCUUGUAAUAUGUAAAAAUAUAAGCGGCAGGGAGCAGGUGGGGCAUCUAGAAAAAUAAUUUACAGGGGAAGACAUAGUGUUCCUCCCUCCCCGGGCUCCAAACCAUGAGCGGUGGGUGAGGGCCGUAAUAACAAAAGGGGAGGGGCAUACUGCCUUCCCCCAGCCCCCACCCAUGAACGGCAGGUGGGGGCCCUAAGUAACAAAAGGAGGGGGGACCUAUUAUCUCCCCCUUCCGGCCCCCACCCAUGAGCAGAAGGUAGGGGCCAAAAGUAACAAGGCUGCUCACUGUUUAGUAGAUAUGCCCCUACUCAGUAUAGCGAGUAGGGGCAUUUCGGGAGAUUUAAAACUCCCUUAUUCACUAAUACUAAUGAAAUUCCGAUCCGAACAAAAGUCCCGGAUUGCGUCCUAACAUGAAUAAACUAAACAAUAAGGAAGAGAGACAGGAGCCCAACCUAUCCUAAGGUCACCCCUCUAUAACGAGGCAACUACCACUCUGGAGGACACUCUAUAAUUUAUCCUGUCCCUUCUCCUGUCUCCCUUCCUUAUUGUUUAGUUUAAAGGACUACUAUAGUGCCAGAAAAACACUUGUUUUCCUGGCACUAUAGUGCCCUGAGGGUGCCCCCACCCUCAGGGACCCCCUCCCGCCCGGCUCUGGAAAGGGGAAAAGGGGUAAAACUUACCUUUUUCCAGCACUGGGCGGGGAGCUCUCUGCCUCCGAUCCUCCUCCGUUCCUCCCCGUCGGCUGAAUGCGCACACGCGGCAAGAGCUGCGCGCGCAUUCAGCCGGUCACAUAGGAAAGCAUUAUCAAUGCUUUCCUAUGGACGCUUGCGUGCUCUCACUGUGAAAAUCACAGUGAGAAGCACGCAAGCGCCUCUAGCGGCUGUCAAUGAGACAGCCGCUAGAGGGAAUGGGGGAAGGCUUAACCCAUUCAUAAACAUAGCAGUUUCUCUGAAACUGCUAUGUUUAUAAAAAAAAUGGGUUAACCCUAGCUGGACCAGGCACCCAGACCACUUCAUUAAGCUGAAGUGGUCCGGGUGCCUAGAUUGGUCCUUUAAUAGUGCAUUUUGUUGCACUAGGGGUUAACCCUAGUUAGAGUAAGAUUAUUGUACUAUCUUCAUUCCCCUUGUUUUUUGUAACAUGAAUAAAUAAACGGUUUGUGACGAAUGCUCCCUUGCCAAGGGCUCCUGGAGGGGUGUGAAGGCUAGCCUCCUGCCCAUUGACUAUGGGGUGAGUAUUGUGGAAAAAUUUCUCUGACCCACAUGAGCUAGUCAAGUGUAGGAAAAAUACAUAAGACAAAAUAGUCCCUACUUUGUCUUAUGUUUUAAACAAAACUAGAGCAGAUAGGAAGAAAUGAAAAACAGAUUCAGAGAGAGGGAGAAAAGAGGAAUCGAUUGGGGAAAGGUAAGUUCGGCAUGACACUCUGGGGAUUGCUAUACUCCCCUGGGUUCUAAUCACUAGCUCUUUUAAGAGCUGUUCCUGCUACACUCUCUGGAGUAGGAGAGGUUCACCCACUGGAAGCUGGAUCCUGGUCUUGGGUCCAGGGUGGGUGGAGGACGGCGAGUUCUCAACCAAGCUGUAACGCUGGACGUGUGGACUACAGUGCUGAUGGGGUCGGGUGGAGUGCUUGGAGUCCUCGGUGAGCACUAGGAGCAUUGAUUGGCGGAGGCACCCGUCGGGGUGCCAGGCGGUCCAUCACAGGAAUUAUUUAGGUAAAUAAAGAUAUUAGGUCUUAUGUAUUUUUAGAAGAGGGCAUAUAAUGAUAUUGGAACAAAUGAUGGAAAGAAACCAUUGCAAUGCAUAUGUAUCUGUCAUCCUCAAUAUGUAGGAGCACAUGGUUGUGAAGAAACCUGUGGGUUAUACAUCACACAGCAACAGUCCCUGGGUGUCCGAUAAAUCCAUGCUGCCUCCACCUCACUCACUCAUACAUGAGAGAAAUAAUGACAAUAAGAUUUUGGAACUGACCAAUCAGAUCACCCAGCUGUUGACUGGAGAGGUGAGGAUGCUGAGAAUGGGACAUUAUAUAGUAAAACAGGAGAUGUGUCUGAAUGGUGACUGUAUCUUUGUGUCUACCAGGUUCCUAUAAGAUGUGAGGACUUCACUGUCUAUUUCUCCACGGAGGAGUGGGAGUAUUUAGGAGAACACAAGAAUCUCUACAAAGACCUGGAUACUGGAAAUUAUUGGCCUCUCAGCUCAUUGGGUAAUAGAAGCUUUAAUCACCGUUGUGUUGAGAAAAAAAUAUAUAUUUUUGAAUAAAACCACAUAAAUUCUAAUGAUAUACAAUGUUAUGUAUCAGACAGCAAUGUAUAUAAGGAUUGUCUGCAAGGAGAUCUUGAUAACUGAGACUCACCAUAACAUUAGGUCACUGCAUUUUACCAAGUAAAUAAGCAUCAGCUAUGUUGCUUAAUAUGCUGUAUCUUGUGUUCAUAUCUAUUUGAUUAGCUAUUAAUAUGCACUUUCUUUUAAUAGAGACAUCCGUAUCUGGUGAAUUUCACAUGCAUUUUUCUUUGCCGGAUUUUGGAAAUAAAUAUGUCACUGUGAAUAAAACCAAUAAUGGAGUACAAGAUCAGAAAUGCAGUGAACAAAGGAAGUUUUUUACUAAAUCACAUGAAUCUGCAUCACAUGCAGAAGGGACACUCACAAAAUAUAUGUCUACACUUAUUAAGGAGGAGGCAGCCUUAUCCGAAGAAGAAAAUCUCACAAAUCCAGACAUUUCUCCACCCAUGGAAUGUAUGUCAACAAAAUGUACAUCUACUCAUAGUAAGGAGGAAUCCACUUUUUGUGUUGAAGGGAAUUUCAUAGACAUUGCCACUGCUAAACCUACAGUGGAUGCACACACAGAACAUACAACGAUUCAUGUUAAGGAUGAACCAGCCUCAUAUAGAGAAGGAAAUCUUAUAGACACAGACGUUUGCACAUCCACAGAACAUACACUGACAGAAUAUCAAUCUACUUGUAUUAAGGAUGAGUUAGUCUCUUGUGAAGAGGGAAACACCACAAAGACUGAAAUUUGUGCUCCCACAGAAUAUAAAUCUACCUCUAAGUCAACUGAGUUUGGAACAGUAAUGCUUAUUGAUGCUGAAAAUUACACUCUUACGGAACACACACAGAAGAAGGAUACAUUUACUUGCAUUGCUGGUAACACUCCAGCUAAUUUAUCAAUAAUAGAAUCAAGGAAACCAGGUAAUAAUAAUUAUAACGACGGUAUUUCUCCUCAAAAUAUUGGAAAGGUACUGCACUGUCACAAGUUGCCUGAAAGUUUUAAUAUUAACUCAAAGAUAGUUCAGCAUCAGCCGGAUAACAAAGGAGGCACUAUGGAUGCUACAGAAAUAGGGCCGGUCGUGUUUACAGAGGCUGAACUCGUUACACAGGAGAGAAAUCCCAAAGAAGACAAAGUAUUUUCAUGUUCUGAAUGUGGGAAGCUUUUUAGACUCGUGUCUUAUCUGACUAAACACAAGAGGAGUCAUACAGGAGAAAAGCCAUUUAAAUGCAAUGAAUGCGGAAAAUGUUUUUCUUUGUCUGAACACCUUGUAUCACAUAGAAAGAUUCACAGCGGAAUAAAACCAUUUAACUGCACUGAAUGUGAUAAAUGCUUCACCCAGGCCGCCCAUCUUGCAUCUCAUAAAAGGAUUCACACUGGAAUAAAACCAUUUAACUGCACUGAAUGUGGUAAAUGCUUUACCCAGGCUGCACAUCUUGCGUCUCAUAAAAGGAUUCACACAGGCGAAAAGCCAUUUCAAUGCAGUGAAUGCGGGAAAUGUUUUACUUGGGCCACACAGCUUGCAUCGCAUAAGUCGGUUCACACAGGGGUAAAACCAUUUAAAUGCACAGAGUGUGGGGAAUGUUUUUCCUGGUCUUUCCAGCUUGCUUCUCAUAAAUGGGUUCACACAGGAGAAAAACCAUUUAAAUGCACUGAAUGCGAGAAAUGUUUUACUCAGGCAAAAUUACUUGCUUUGCAUAAAAGAAUUCACACAGGAGAAAAACCAUAUAAAUGCACUGAAUGCGGAAAAUGCUUUACUCAGGCCGCACAUCUUGUAUCACAUAAAAGGAUUCACACAGGAGAGAAACCGUUUUUCUGCUCUGAAUGUGGGAAAUGUUAUACUGAUCGCUCAGGUCUCACUAAACAUCAGAGAAAUCACAGAAGAUAAACUAUUCUUAAAUUCUGAAUGCAGGGAAUGUUUUGCAUUAUUAAAUUUCUUCUAUCUGUUCUUAUCCAAGGUGUUCGGAAAUUAAUAAACUCAAAUCUUAUUAUGAUGAUGAACAUCUGAUAAAGAGGUCUAUUUACUGCAUAACAUUCACGGAGAAGGCCACAUCUCUUGUUUGCAUGAGCUGGAUGUUUGGGUAUUUGGUCACAAAAGUUAAAUUAAACUUGUCCUCCUCUAAAUGUUUGUAGUUUCUUUAAAGUGCCACUGAAAUGAUGGUAUGCUUAAUUUUAAGGUUAUAAAGUUCUGCACUUCUGUGUUCUCAAGUUAUACAAUUUAAUUCACAACUUGUCAAGUUCAUCAAGGCACACGUUAUAGCGGAGCUCCAAUAUUCAGCAUCAAUAUCUCCGCUGUAGACUACUUGUAGUUGAGGAAGCAUUAAGAUAUCCAAGGCACAAUCCCCCCAGUAACUGGAUGACUCACAGUUCUGGAGCUCAACUGAUUUUUUUUUUUCAGCCACAGCUGGCAUUUUUGCAACUCCCCAUGCAAGGGGUUUCUUAAAUUACAUUCCAGGGAUUUUCCCCUGGUGGACCUUUUGUUGGGGACAAGGGACAAGUCAACAUUUCAC